AUGGGUCCAGCUUCCCUGCCUGCUUGCCUGAUGGUGCUGUGGUGGGGGUGGGUCUUUGCCCCCCCUGGCCAAGCCAUCUUGCCCCCAGACCUGAGCAUGACCCAGCUGAGCCAGAUGUUCCAGGAGUUUAUGAUACAGUUCAACAAGACCUACCAGAGCCAAGAAGAGAGGCACCAUCGCUUCAGCGUCUUCGCGCAGAACCUGGAAAUGAGCCGCGCACUGCAGGCCUCGGAGCUGGGGACGGCUACCUACGGGGUCACCAAGUUCAGCGACCUGACAGAAGGCGAGUUCGCCCUGAUGUUGGGGGCCUCCCCCCGCUCCUCACCGCCCCCCAGGCAGAAGCAGGGACGAAUACCCCGGAGGGGCCCACGCCCACACUCCUGCGACUGGAGGAAACAUGGCGCCAUUACAGCAGUGAAGCACCAAGGCUCCUGGUGCAGGUCCUGCUGGGCUUUUGCCGCUGUGUCCAACAUUGAGGCCUUGUGGAACAUCCACCGCCACGCGCCACGGAACCUGUCAGUCCAGGAGGUGGUGGACUGUGUGCGUGGUGGCGAUGGCUGUAAGGGGGGCUAUACGUGGGAUGCGUUCCUGGCUGUCAUGAAGCAAGGAGGCCUGAUGAAAGACAAAGUAGGCCCUGGAGAUGAUGUUGAUGAUGACGGGAACACCUUCUAUCCUGCAUAUGAUGACGGAGAACAUGCCUGUAGAAGCAAGAAGGGAGCAGCAGCUGCCCAAAUCCUUGACUUUGAAAUCCUGCCCAGGGAUGAGGAAGAAAUAGCCAACGUUGUUGCUUCUCACGGUCCUGUAACUGCCAUCAUUUAUUGGAACCCCCUUCAGCAUUACCAGAAUGGCAUUGUAAAGAUCAAGGAAUGUGACGGGACGGCCUGGCCAGACCAUGCCGUGCUCAUCGUGGGCUACGGAGAGGAAAACCCACACAGGCCUGGAGCCAAAAACUACUGGAUCAUCCAGAACUCUUGGGGAACGAACUGGGGGGAAAAGGGAUAUUUUCGGCUGCACCGGGGGAGCAACGCCUGCUCCAUUGCGAAGUUCCCAGUGACUGCAAGGGUCACCUAACCUGGGCAAGGCCAGGAGCGAGGGUGGCUGGCCUUGCAGGCAGCCCUCCGCCAUGGCCCUGUGGCUUCCCCUCCUACGCAUCGUCUAAUGCAGCCUCCCCCAAACUGUGGCCCUCCAGAUGUGAUGGACUCCAAGUCCCACCUUCCCCAGCCACCAAGGCUUC